AUGCGAACCUACGACGACUCCUUCUCGGGCCAGAGGAUUUACCCUGGCAAGGGUAAAAUCUAUGUCCGUGGCGACAGCAAGGUCUUCCGCUUCCAGAACGGCAAGUCCGAGUCGCUUUUCCUGCAACGAAAGAACCCCCGCCGCAUCGCAUGGACUGUCCUCUACCGUCGCCAGCACCGCAAGGGCAUCUCUGAGGAGGUCGCCAAGAAGCGUACCCGCCGCACCGUCAAGUCGCAGCGUGGCAUCGAGGGUGCCUCCCUGGACGUGAUCAAGGAGAAGCGCACGCAGCGCCCCGAGGCCCGCACCGCCGCCCGCGCCGAGGCCAUCAAGGCCUCCAAGGACAAGAAGAACGCCGCCCAGGCCGCCAAGAAGGCGGAGAAGGCCAAGAACGCCGCCGUCGCCGCCAAGGGCCAGACCGUGAGGAACGUCAGCAAGCAGGGCGCCAAGGGCGCGGCUCCCAAGCCCGCCGCCCGCACUCGCUAA